AUGACAUCUGUCUUCGACAGAAUCAAUCAACAAUUAGGGAAAUACAAAAGGCACAAAUCAUGGAAAACACUUUUUCAGAGCGGCAAAGGGCCAAAUGUAGCUCUUUCUACUUUGAAAGCUUAUGCACCGGUCAUCAGUUAUUUUAUCAUGGCAUUUUGUGAUUUUAAUGAAUUUGUGCUUCCGUAUGAGACACCACAAAAUGCCCUGCAGAUUGCAGCUAAUGAGCAUGCAAAAGAAGAUUACACUCAUUACAAACUUUUUAUCGAAGACUGGGAGAAUCUUAGUGGGGAUAAGCUGGUAUCUACGUAUGAUGAUUUAAUACCAUGUUUACCACUGGAAGGAAGAUCAUCAGGCUUCUUUGUAAUCCCUCAUGGAAUCUGCUCAUGUUUAACACUUGCUAGUGCCGUUGCUAUUCAAGACAAGCAUUUGCCAGAUAUCGAAGUCAAGCAGCUCGAAUCUCUCUUGCCGUUUGUAACGAAGAUCAUGCCUAAACAACAGAUUGACGAUCCAUGCGAACAAGCGCUGAGAGUCUCUGAAGUCAUUGCUCAACUAAUUGCGGAUUUGGAUCUUACUAGUCCAUUGCGUGAAUUUCAAGUGCCCGCAUCCAGUUUUGAAGGGAUUAUUGAACGGGCACGCCCCGAUGGCAAGAUUGAUAUGAGAUACAAUGAUUUUGUUACACUUCUUGAUCAUUCCUUUUAG